ACGCCACGCCGUGCAACCUCAGCACGUUCAUCGAACCCUUCGGCAUCCUGCAGGAGGAAAGCAGCAGGAAAGCUCGCUAACGUGCCGACGGCCGAGCCUGCGUCAGCACCACCGCCGACCGACAAAACGCACCAUGGCGUGGCCGUGCAUCACGCGAGCUUGCUGCAUCAACCGCUUCUGGAGCGAGCUGGACAAGGCGGACAUCGCCGUACCUCUGGUCUUCACCAAAUACUCGGACGUCCAGCAGAAGCAACCGAGGCGGGCCGCUGCGGAGGGCCAACCGGAGAGCCAGCCGGAGGCCGCCGAGGCACCGCCCGCCGCCGCCUCGGACGCCUCCUCCUCCUCCGUCAUGCGGCAAGACUUCAAGGCGUGGAAAGUGCGCCCGGAGCCCAGCUGUAAGCCCAGGGACGAGUACCAACCCGCGGCCGGACCCUUCAACCCGGAGACCCAGUACCAGAAGGACUACAAAGCGUGGCCCAUCCCGAAGAAGCACGAUCACCCCUGGAUCCCCAAAGCCGGCCUGCUCCCCCCUGCCGCGGCGAAGGUGGAGCGAGUGGCCGCCGAGAAAGAGAGCGGCGUGGAAAAGAGCGAGCUGGAGGAGAAGCUCCAGGAGAAGGAGGUGAAGGAGCCGGCCAGGAGGGACAAGUCCGCCGAGAGGAAAGACCAAGAGGCGCCCGGGAGUGGCAAAGGCAGGGCGGCCGCCGACGCGCUCAACAGGCACAUAAAGCAGACCACGAGCACUUCGAGCAGCAGCUACAGAACUGAGUUCAAGGCCUACAAGGACGUGAAACCGGUCAAGCCCAUCAAGGCGGCGGCCCAGUACAAACCCCCGGUGGAGAAGGAGACCAGUCUGGAAACCAGCUACAGCGCCACCUUCAGGGGCGAGCAGGUCAAGGCCCAGCCGGCCGACAACAAACUGCUGGAGCGCAGGCGGAUACGCAGCCUGUACAGCGAGCCCGGAAAGGAGCCCCCCAAGGCGGACAAGUCGGCAUCUCGCAUCAGGCCGAAGAAAACGGUGACGGGGAAGGCUGUGAAGAAGGCCAAGGAGAACAAGGAGAAGAAGCUGCUCGCCGCGUCCGCGUCCGCCAAGAAGAAAGAAGCAGAAGCUGCGGCCGCGGCGGAGGCGAGCGUCACCAAGAAGAACAAAGAGAUCAGCAAUAGACUGGCCGAGGCCAAACAGUAACGCCGUAUCUUCAGUCUAUUUGCAACACUUGCUUCACUGCCUUUUUCCUCGUUUACCGUCACUUUUAGCUCAUGUAAAACUACUACUGUAUGUGCGCGCGAGAGAGUGUGAGCGAGUGUGUACGGGUCCACGGAGCUGAUUUAUAUUGUUAUUAUUAUUAUGAUUCUUGAUUCUUUAAGCACCUAAUUUGCACAUUAGUCCUGAAGAGCCAUGGUUAUGUGUGCUGUACGUGUACAAAAGGGCAUUUAUUUACACUAGAAUUCCACAUCCAAUGAUUGUAAAAACUCAUUUUGUGAGGCGAAAAAAGGGUCGGUUUUCUCGUUACAGCGCUUCGACUGUUGUUCCUUUGUUUUUUUUUGUUUUUUUUUCAUUAGCGACUGAUCUCUAGUUCCAUCUGUUUUGUUGCUAAGAAACCAAAUCAAUUGGACUAGACUUCCCUGCAGCUCGCAUGCAAGACCCCCUCACUUUUUUUCCCCACCUCGAAUAUAACAGUAUGCAUUCUAGCUUGUACAAUUAGCCUUUUAGGGUCCAUAUAUGCUAUGUUGUUUGAAAUACUGUAUAUGCAUGUCUAGUAGUAAAUGAUAGUCUAGUAGUGGCUGUAUGAGCUAUGAAGUAAACACACACCAGCAAGGUGAUCCUCGCUGCCAACCUUAGUCUUACAUUAAUAAUAAUAACACAACAAUGUAGUUUCAAAAGAAGACUGUAGUCUCGCACCCCCACCUUCUACAUUUAACUCUUACACUAUAUGUAAACAAACAAUGCACGCAAGGCCAAUAAUUUUCAUUUUCAGUGGGAGUCUUAAGGCCACACUGAAAAGCAAAAAUAAUAAUACAAUUUGACAAGAAAAAAGUUAUAACUUUGCUAGAAAAAAAGUCAUGCUAUGAGAACAAACUUGUAUUAUUACAGGGAAAAAGGUGUAAUAUUGAAAAAAAGUUUAAAUUUUAAGAAAAUAACUUUUCAUUUUAAAGUCUGAAUAUGAGGGUCCUAAUUUUACAAGAACAAAGUCAUACUGCGAUGAAGAAACAUUCAUUAUAAUAAAAAAAAAAACGAUAUAGCCCUAAUGCUAUAAGAAUAAAUAUUAAUAUACAGUUUAAAAAAAACUGUUGUGAUUUCUUUGAGAAAAAAGUUAUGAUAUUAUAAAUAUUAUGAAGAAAAUAACUUUAACAAAUUUCACUGGGGGAAAAGUCAUAAUUUUCCAAGAGUAAUGAAGUUAUAUUACAAGGGUAAAAGGUGUAAUAUUGCAAGAGAAAAAAUCAUAUUAUUAUGCCAAAAAUAGGAUAAUUUUACAAAGAUAAAGUUGUAAUAUCCAUCAAUCCAUUUUCUGAGCUGCUUCUCCUCACGAGGGUCGCGGACGUGCUGGAGCCGAUCAAAGCUAUUAUCGGGCAGGAGGCGGGGUACGCCCUGAACUGGUUGCCAGCCAAUCGCAGGGCAUAAAGUUGUAAUAGUACAACAAAUAUAUUACAAACAAAAUAAUUUGAUGUGCUAAAGCUCCAAGCAUUAAAACUUCAAAAACAACAAAAAAAUCCAAAGUUAAGUCGUUGUAUUAUGACACAACAGUCCGAUUAUAGGAGAAUAGCCAUUUUAUUACGAGAGAGAGAGAAUCAAUUCAUGAGAAGAAUUUGUAAUAUUAGUAAUAUUACUAUGCCAAAAAAUAUCACAAGAAUGAAGUUGUUAAUAUUACGAGAAUAAAACAGUAAUGUUACGCGGAAAAGACAUGUUAUACCUGUAAAUAUUACAAAAAAAGUCAUCGUUUUGCAGGAAUAAAGUUGUAAGAGCCCAGCAAAAAAAGUCUAUUAUGAAAAAUAUGUAAUAGUGCAAGAAAUGCGGUCAUAUGAGAAACGAUAUUAUGUUACGACUUCCAUCUCAUAAUAUUGCAAAUUAAAUUUCAUCGGUGUACUAUUUUUCUUUUCAGUGUGUUCCUAAAACUCCUUCAUAAAUCUCUCCAGGAUUACAAUCCUAAUAUGCACAUGUGUAUGCGUGUGUGUGUGUGUCCACGCCACACGGUGCCACACAGUCCACUCACUCCCACUCUCUGGUGCUGAAGGCCGCCCGAUUGUUUUGUUUUCGUGGUCUGCUUUAUUAUGGGUGGCAUUGCAUUCUCUCAUCACAGUGAACUAAAGCUACAAUAUAACGGGACAAAAAGACAAAUGGAUGCAGAUGACGUGUUUGUUGCUGUGAUCCUUGUGCGCGUGUGUGCGUGCGUGUGUGUGUGUGUGUGUGUGUGUGUGCUUCUCAGCUUGUUUGGAAUGAACUCGAAUUAAAGAACAAAACGUGA